UUCAAGUGAAAGAAGAUGAAAAGAAGAAACAGUGAGAAUGCUACGGAACCCAUCGUGAAAAGAACAAAAAGUAGAUGGGAUGUUGGACCAAAUGAUGUUGAAAACAAAGGAAUUCUGCCCAAAUGUGAGAGCAAACCAAAUACCCAGAAAUUCAGUGGAGAAGCAAAAUGGGAGAUUCAUGAAGUACUGGCAGAUUCUUUUGGAGUGCCUUUACCUGCUUGCAAAAACUUCACAUCAUUGAUUCAAGAAGACUGCACUCUUCCAUUCAUUGCAAGAUACAGGAAAGAAAUGAUAGGCAACCUUGAUAUUGAAGUCUUGCGCAAAAUGAAGUCAUCUCUCGAAGAUUUACAAAAAGUGCAAGGAAAAAUAGUGUCAGUUGUUAAGAGCUUGGAGAAACAAAGUGCACUCACCCCAUCACUAAAUGAAACAAUUUGCAACAUUAAAGAUCUUGACGAACUUGAGUUCUGUUAUGCCCCCUUUAAGGAUACAAAGAAAAGAACCCUGGCAGCCAAGGCAAGAGAGUUAGGAUUAGAAUCAGUUGCAAUUGCAAUACUCGAAGGAAAGAAACAUGCUUCCCUGGAAUCCCUCAUUAAGCCUAAUGUUGAGGGUCUGGACUCGCUGAAAAAUGUCGAACUGGGGAUACAGCACGUGAUAGCUGAUGCCAUUGGAAAGAACAAAGAAAAUGUGGAUACAAUGAGUGAAUUGGUGGCUAAAGCGGAUGCCCGAAUUUGUGUCACUAAGUCACGUAAUGCUAGUAAGCAAGAUCCGUCCGAUCUCGCCAAAUUCGAAUCAUAUAUUGAUAAAACGUUUAGUGUUGGAAGCCAAGAAAAUUCCAUCAAACCGCAUUUGUUUCUCGCUAUCAGUAGAGGUGAGGAUUUGAAAAUAUUGUCAGUGAAAAUUACCUUCCCAAAUCAUGUUGAAUCUAGUUGGAUCAACUACUGUGAAAGGAAGUACGGAAAUCGGGGCACUGAUACUUCUAGUAACUUCAGAAAAUCUAUUGUCACUAAGAGUAUCAAAGAUGCUUACUCUCGGAUAGUGGAACCACGCUUAACACGAAGAAUAAGAUCGAAGCUGACGGAAAAGUCCCAUCACGCGGCUGUCGAUGUAUUCGCUCGUAAUUUGAAGGGUUUGCUGCUGUCGCCUCCGUUACCAAAUACCACUGUACUGGGCCUGGAUCCUGGUUUCAAACAUGGUUGCAAAUGCGCUGCCGUUUCUCCGAGUGGUGCCGUACUCUACACUGAAACUAUUUAUAUUCGCUUUGGUGAACGAGACGUCGCGAGUCAGUCUGCAGCCACUUCUUUAAUAAGCAUGGUUCAGAAAUAUGGGUGUACGACAAUCGGUCUCGGGAAUGGGAAAGCUUGCAGAGAAACAGAAGACUUUUUGAGCAAACUCAUUCAAAAAGGCGUUUUUAAACCCUAUGACGUCAGAUAUACCAUCAUUAAUGAAUGCGGAGCUUCUAUUUACUCAUGUUCACCCGAAGCCAAAGAAGAAUUUCCACACUUGGAGCCUAACUUGAUAAGCGCUAUUUCUAUUGCUCGUCGACUUCAGGAUCCGUUAACUGAAUACGUUCGCAUUUCGCCGCGGCAUAUCGGCGUUGGGAUGUAUCAGCAUGACAUUCCCGUUAAGCAGUUGGAGGCAGCUCUGGAUGAUAUCGUCAGCGAGUGUGUUUCAUUUGUUGGCGUGGACAUCAAUACUUGUCCUGAACACGUAUUGAGCAAAGUUGCAGGCCUAAGCUCCAAUAAAGCCAAGAAGAUUAUCGACUAUCGAAACAAGAAAGGCCAGUUCGUUAAUCGUCAGCAAAUUUGUGAUGUUCCAUCGCUGGGCCCUAUAACAUUUCAGCAGUGCGCUGGCUUCCUCACCAUCCCGGAAACAUCAGCAACCGACAACAGCAAUGAUAAUGUUGACAAAGAGCCCUGCAAACCGAAAAAAGUCUCACGCGGAAAAAAGGCAGUUACUCAUUCGCCAAAUCCUCUGGAUCGCACGUGUGUUCAUCCCGAAUCAUAUCAAUUGGCACACAGGAUUAUCCAUAUGUUUAAAGGUAAUAUGGAGGAAAUUGGCCAUGAAUCAUUCAUUCGGCAACUGCAAACCUAUCUGUCAACAAAGCCUUCAAAACAAAUCGCGAAAGAGCUACGAGAAUCGGAAGGCAAGGUCGAUCAAAUAGUACUAAGCCUGUUGCACCCCCUUCGAUAUGACUUGCGCACGAAUUUUGAUAAGCCAUUGUUCAAGAGAAGUGUAACUUCAAUAGCUGAUUUAAAAAUUGGCCAAGAACUUAGAGGUCGCAUCAGUAAUAUCACAGAUUUUGGGGCUUUCGUAGAUAUCGGAGUGGGCAAAGAUGCUUUAGUACAUACCAGUCGUAUGAGAGGCAAGAAGGAGAUUCUUUCUGUUACUAAUCAGGUUUCUGUGAGGGUGAUUAAUAUCGAUAUGUCACUAGAGCGAAUUUCGUUAGAGAUCAUUUGAGAUACUAUGAAUAUGUAAUUUUCCAUAAACCACUCAUCUUUCCGUUCGCGAAAAAUCCCUAAUUUGGCAUUUUUCGUACAGUUA